AUGACAAACGGCAACACUAGCGCCCAUGGCUCUGCCACACCGGCAGAUGCUACCACUCCAACAGCCUCUACUCCCGCAUCUGUCGCUGCACCGGUCCGCGCACCCGCACCUCAGCGGCGUCGGCGUACUGCUGUUGAUCUGGCCGCUUCGUGGCGCCUUGGAGUUAUCGACCUGGACGAUAUCGUGGCGCGUGUGCAGAACGGGAACACUCCUCUAGGUGCUGACGACGACACCCUCGCGUACUUCGACGGAGGCGAAAUCGACUGCCAUGGCGAAGACGGCGCCGACGACGACGCCGAUGCAGCGACGCCCAUCGACAAAAAAGGGUGGGAGCCGGCGGAAGUCAUGCAGCUGGCGUGGAUCCGCCACGACUUCGACGAGCAAUAUCAGAAUCUGUGCCGCCUGCAAGGCCAGAACCGGGACGUCAUGCUCUACGAGCAAGUCCGUCUUCGUCACCCCGGAUGGCGCCAUGGUCUCGCAGCCACGAAAGCCAAGGUUUUCCGUAUGGAGGCUCAGUGGCGGAACGUGUCGGAUUUAUUGCUAAAACCUUCCGGGAAGGGGAAGCCCCCUAAAAUGCCUAUUUUCUAUGACAUAUUCGACAGGUUCCUAGGGGAUCGGGCGAAUGCGCGUCCCCCGGCGCUCGCGGGCCCCUUGAUUCCCGCAACUACUACCGCGCCUCCUCCUAGUAAGUAUGUGGCGUCUCCUACCACCGCAUCAGCGGUGUCUGCAGGGCCCGAUGGCGUAGCGGCAUCAGCAAGCCGAGCGCAGUCGGCUCGUCGCUCACCCAAUCCCCGCCGAGUGACGGCUUCGCCUGGUCACUCUCCUUCGCGCCAGCCAUUUUCGUCUCCGUCUACGUCUGCGCUUGCGCCGGACGUGUCCCCCGCCGCUGCCACCGCCACUGCAUCUCCAUCCCGUUCACACGUCGUCGGCGCGAACGCGGGUGUUGCGCUCCGUGGCCGCGGUGUCUCCCGCCGGCCUGGGCCUGCGGCUGCCGAAGAGGAACAUUCGGGCAACGACACAAUGGGAGGUGGUGUUGGUAACCACAUGAACUCAAGUGAUUCAGUGCUGUGUGCUGAAAUAGCGGGGAUAAUUGCGCAAUCGGCGGUGACGGAAACCGAGGAUGAGGUCGAUGUUGUGAAGCACGAUGCAGGCGGAUACGACCUGCGGGGCGCGGAUGACAUCGCACUCGAGGCGCCCGUCCAGGAUGCGCCAUUUGGUCUUCAGCCUCCCGUUCACUUGCUCCACAAUCAUUCGAGUGCGGGACUGCUGGAGGUUCCAGACUCGCUGAUGGUCGGGAAGUGCGAUGCCGGGAAGGGCAUGAUAGGGUGUGUAGAUGUAGGGCCUCAAUCCAUAGGCAGCGUCCGCUACUAG